AUGGGUUCUCAUUAUCCCGCAGUCAACGCGCAGCCCCAUGUCCCCAAAGCGGGGGUGUGGUGUCCGGCAGUGACAUUCUUCGACCAUGCAACAGAUACAAUCGAUCUGGAAGCGCAGAAGAAGUACUACACCUACCUAUCCAAGACCGGCCUUGCUGGCCUCGUCAUUCUUGGAACAAACUCCGAGGCCUUCCUCCUCACACGAGAAGAGCGGGCGCAGCUGAUCGCCGCAGCCCGCGAGGCCGUCGGCCCUGACUUCCCUCUAAUGGCCGGUGUAGGCGCCCACUCGACAAAGCAAGUGCUAGAGCUAGCAGCAGAUGCGGCCGCGGCCGGCGCAAACUACCUCCUUGUCCUACCACCCGCGUACUUCGGCAAAGCAACGACCACAAACGUUAUCAAGCGCUUCUUCGCCGACGUCGCCCGUCAGAGCCCCCUCCCUGUCGUGAUCUACAACUUCCCCGGCGUCUGCAACGGCGUCGACAUCGAUUCCGAGACGAUAACGCAUAUCGUGCAGGAAUCAGCGAAGUCGAGCUCCAACGGCGUCUCGAAUGUUGUUGGCGUAAAGCUGACUUGCGCGUCUGUUGGAAAGAUCACCCGUCUCGCGGCAACAUUCCCUGCAUCUGAAUUCGCCGUGUACGGUGGACAAUCGGAUUUCUUGAUUGGUGGGCUGAGUGUUGGCUCGGCAGGAUGUAUUGCGGCUUUCGCGAAUGUCUUCCCGCGCACCGCAUCGAAGGUUUAUGAGCUUUAUACAUCCGGGAAAGUAGCUGAGGCAAUGGAGUUGCACAAGAAGGCCGCUUUGGCGGAGAGCCCCUGUAAGAGCGGCAUUGCGUCAACAAAAUACGCGACUGCGAUUUACUCGGCCAAGCUUGCAGGCAUUGAGAAUGCCGAAGAGAAGUUGAAGCCCCGGACGCCGUAUGAAGAGCCCGCUGAGGGCGCGAAGAAGGUGGUGAGGGAUGUGAUGGCGGGAAUCGCGGAGCUUGAAGUGACCCUUUGA